AUGGGAAACCGAAACGGCAGACAAUGCAAAGAUAGAUGGACAAAGUAUUUAAAUCCGAACAUUAAUACACAGGAAUUCAGCAUUGAUGAGGACAUCAAGCUCCUGACCUUGUAUGAACAGUUCGGUUCGAAAUGGGUUUUGAUAUCUAAGUUCUUCAACAACAGAAGCGAUGUCGCUAUUAAGUCAAGGUUCCAAGUAUUGAGAAGACGUGGAAUCACGAAGCAAGUCCUUCAUUUAUCACAGUUUCAGAGCAAAUCUCAAUUGGCCAUGAUGUAUCUCAGGAAUGAGGCUAAACCAAGUCAUAAAACUACACAGAGGAAGGCUAAACAAGAGCAAUUCACAUUAGAAAGCUCCUCAUCGGAUGCUUCUUAUUCACCUUUGGAUACUUCAAUUACAACAUCUCCAAUCGAAGAUCAAUUUUUCACCAAUUUCGAUCAAUUUGAUAUACCUGAUAUAUUAUUUUAA